GCGAGCGACCCCGCCGUCAUCCAUAUAAUAGAAUCAUCAGUCAUCAUUGCAUAUCGCAUCAGCAUUUGAAAAAGAAAGAAGACGAAGCGGAUCAUUUGACGUAUCACUCCGUACAUUUUCCAUCAAGAGCAUUCGCCGCGAGUGCAAAACCUGUAAAACACGAGAACGAAAAGAAGAUCAACUUUUUUUCUUCCUUUCUCCUAGAUUGAGUGAAAAAAUUAUCCACGUUUUCCUGCGCUUCUCCUUGUUUGGGUGUUGUUUGUGCUGCAAAAGUGAAGCUUCGUGAGGAAAAAUCCGUUUUCGCAGAAACAGCGCUUGGAAUGGUUCAGCCUACCGGAAUUGCCGCCCUGCUGGCAGCUGUUUUAGGCUGCUGGCUGCUUAGUCCACAGGCGGCUGCAGCUGCAGCUGCUAAAUCGAAUGUCAUUGAACUAGACGAGAGCAACUGGGACCGGAUGCUGACCGAGGAAUGGCUGGUGGAAUUCUACGCUCCCUGGUGUCCGGCAUGCAAAAGUCUUGCGCCCAUUUGGGAUGAUCUGUCCACCUGGUCCGAUGAUUUGAACAUUAAAACUGCCAAAGUCGAUGUGACCACUUCACCCGGUCUCAGUGGACGCUUCUUUGUAACCGCUUUGCCCACCAUUUUCCACGUUCUGAACGGUGAAUUCCGUCAGUACAAAGGAACACGCGAUUUGAACUCGCUGAUGACCUUCAUCGAAGAGAAAAAAUGGCAAAACCUGGAACCGAUCUCCGGUUGGAGCGAGCCUGAUUCACUUCUGAUGUCGCUGGUUUCACAGUUUUUCAAAUUGUCUCAUUUCUUGAAAGUAAGUAGAGCUUACCUGAAGGAAGUUAAUGUUAUGUUGUCGAAGGAAUAUGGCCUGCCGGCUUGGGGAUCGUAUGCCCUGUUUGCUAUCGGCACAAUCCUACUAGGAGCUAUUCUUGGGUUGAUACUGGUUUGCAUAAUCGAUUUUAUGUUCCCACCAAAAUCUGCCCAGCGGAAGAGCUUUUCGGAACAUAAACAAAGCUUGAAACACGAACAGGGUCACGAAGAGCUAAAAGGUGACGAGUUGGAAGACGAAGAUGAACAGGAGCAGGACAAGGCAGGACAGGACGACGAGCAGGAGGAGGAAGAGGAAGAAUCGUCCGAAGGUGAAAAGUAUUCCGGAUCCGACUCCGACGAAGCACCGGAAAGCGAACGAAAAGGUGAAAAUGAACCACAAACCAAGCCGUCAGCUCCACCUGCUGAGCCGGAAAAGCCAGAGGAAGAAACCGACAAAAAAGAUACCGCCGGAAGUCCGGAUGUUCGAAAACGCAAACCACGGAAAGCGGAUUGAAUGCCCAACGACGCUACUGAUGUUCAACUGAAAGGUAAGAAACCAACCUUAUGAAGAUAGGGUGAACACUUUUGUUUUAUCACGUGUAUUAAUUAUUGAAACGUUGAUUUGAGACGGAAAAGUAAAAAUAAUACAAGCGCUCAAAAAUGUCAACUUGAAGAGACUUAUUACACCAAGUGAAAGGAGAAGAGAGGGAAGAAAGAGAAAAGAUCACUUGAGUUAUUCGUAAUAAUCCGCGAUAAGCGAGGUAAACAGAAUAAUGAGCAAACUGUUUGCGCAUAAAUAGCACUAAUUGAUAGGAGCAAAAAGUGAAUUACUCACUUUGAAAGAUGUUUCAUAUUAAUCUAUUAUCAAAACACAAGUCAAGCGUCGUUAGUUAAUGACAACCUCUGUAAGCAUUUAAAUACUAGGUUUUCUAUCAAAUAUGUAAACGGUCGUCAAAUUCCAUCAACAAAACGAAACUUUCCUUCAUUUCUACUGAGUGAUACUAACCAGUAAAUUCCUUUCUUCUUUCUGUAUUAAAGUAUAAGUUUUUAACGUCAGUUUUUAUAUAAAGUGUGUCUAUUUGCCUUUUUAUUUUCAUUUAUAUCUCUAAACAUUAUAUUAAAUAAAACUCGCACUAUACAUUCUUCUUUAAUUUUCACUAUGCAUUUCGGAAUAAAGCAAAAUACCAUUACGAUAUUUUCAAGUGCGUCAGUUUCGAGUUAGCAAGCAAGUAAGCAAAGAAAGAAAUAAAAACCCCACUGUAGUAGGGUGACCUAGUAAAGGAAAUCUAAGUUAAGCGUUAAGUACACAGCACCGACUGACACACGGCAAGCGCCCACGCAAGAAGCACCGCCACGCAGUUUCCACGGCUGGCUGGCUGUCGUCGUUUUUUGUGUUUAAACCAAGAAUACUACUAAUAAAGCAACAUUUUCUGCCAGA